AUGUACGAACGGUGCCCAUCGAACGACCUCCAACUCCCCGACUUCUUCCCUCAGUCGCUUCGUCGCCUCAUGCAGCGCAUACGCCGCGCCUGUCUCCCCCUUCUCGAGCAUCCCCAGUGCACGAAGCCCAAGCAACUUCCUGUACUCGCAGAGGUCUCACCGCCUGCGUUUCGCGCAACAUUCCCAGGCGUAGCGUACCAACUGAGCAAUAUGAUCUCUUCAGCAUCCUCGCAAAUCGAAGCGAAAGGCGGAGAGAACCUGCGCACUGCGGUGCUCAUCAACGGCGUAGCGGAAGAAGUUCCCGACUACGCGACCGUGCAAGGCAUCCUCGUUGGCGUCGUUGCCGCUUUUAUUCUCGUCGUCACUAUCCUCGGUCCUGAAGCGCAUAGCGCGCACUUUGAGAAGCAUAAGACGGCGUUCGAGGAAGGUGGUGGGAGGGACGAUGCUUUGAUUGAGGAGGUGGGGUCGGUUGAUUCGUCUCAUCCGAUCGAGUCGUUGGAUGAGAAGGAGGCCAAAAGCUUGGAAGAAAUGGCUUAA